AUGGAGCAAGAAGUAGUGAACAGUCUUCAAAAACUACAAUGCACAAAAGAGGAAGAAGAGGAUAUUGUGUUGAUGAAUGCUACUAAAUCGAAGAUCUUGGAAGAAUGUCCUUUAAGUCUCUUUGGACGGCUUCUCACUGAUCGUCAACAGAAUCAAAGAGCUCUCAAAACUACUCUGAAUUCAACGUGGAAAAUGGGGUCUGAUCUGAGGAUUGUUGAGGUUGGAAACAAUAUAUUGCAAUUUAAGUUUGGUUCUCAAUGUCAAUUGGAGUGGGUUGAAAAAGGUGGUCCAUGGAAUUUUGAAAAUAAUCUUCUUUUGCUUUGUCGGUGGAGGAAGGGAUUAACUGCAACAAAUAUCACCUUUACCCAUGCUCCUUUUUGGAUCCAAGUGUGGGGUUUGCCAUUUGAAUACAUGUCUGAGGAAGCAGGGAAGGAUAUAGGUGGCAAAAUUGUCAAAGUAAUUGAGGUGGACAAAUGA